AUGACGCCGCUUCUUCUCACUCUAUGCUUUGCCGCCACUUUGCAAUCAAUUUCCUUGACAGUGCUUUGCAUCAUCUUACACAUCCUCAAUUAUCGGAAGCCUUUACAACAACGUCUAUUUGUACGAAUUUUAUUGAUCAUACCCAUAUACUCUGCCAUCUGUUACUUAAACUUGGUAUCGUCACACACUACUUCUGCGAUCAUUGAACCAAUCAAAGAGAUCUACGAAGCGUUUGUCCUUUAUAUUUUCUAUUGUUUAUUGACCCAUUUGUUGGGGGGCGAAAGAAGCAUUAUUGUCAAUGCUAGCGGCAGACCUCCGGUCACCCAACCAUUCCCUAUGGGACUCUUCAGUGGUCCGGUGGAUAUUAGUGACCCAACCACUUUUUUAUCAAUUAAGCGAUCGAUUUUACAAUACGUGUGGCUCAAACCAUUCUUAUGCCUCUUAUUUGCCAUCGAUGAAUUCCUCCCCGUUAAUGAAGAAAACCCAAGAAAUUUCUUGCUAUCCUUCGGGUUCUGGAUCAAUUUGAUUUAUAAUAUCAGUGUCAGUUUAUCAUUGUACAAUUUGGCACUUUUUUGGAAAUGUUUGUAUGGCGAUCUUCAGCAAUUCAAUCCAUGGGGGAAAUUCUUGUGCGUCAAAUUGAUCAUUUUCGCAUCUUAUUGGCAAGGAAUAAUCCUCGCUAUAUUAAACUAUUUCAACUAUUUGAGAGAAUCGUCGUUUGAAAUUCAAAACUCAUUGCUUUGCUUCGAAUUAGUGGGGUUUGCCAUUGGUCAUUGGUAUUCAUUCAAUUACAAAGAAUUCACCAUAAAGUAUCUUGGCAAUUCUUCAAGACUCGCGGUGAAAAAUGCCCUUGUGGAUAUCUUUGGGUUUGGGGAUUUGAUAUACGAUUUCAAAAUCACUUUCCAAGUGGGAUCGGAACGUUACAAUUUCAAAAGUUUCCAAAGCGUCGACGUCGAUUCAAAAGUCAGUCAAUAUGACUCUGAGACCAGGCUCAAGAAAUUAAACCAAGGAAUGAGAUAUUCUUUAGCAGGAGGGAAAUUGGGAACGUAUUGGGUGGAUCAGAAAAAUGCCAACAAGACGUUUUCUGAUGAUGGCGAUGAUACUGCCAGUUUAUAUUCGUAUAAUAGCGACAGCCGAACUCUUGCCGAGACUGUUGACUCUCGAACUUUUAGUGGACAAGGACCUGGUGUUAGCAAUGGCAGCAGCUCUUCUAGUCAAAAGAAACCGAAGCCUAAACUGAAGAAACCACUAACUGUUAACAAGAAACUCAAAUCGCAACUCGCGCAGGAAAAACAGGUUAGUAUUAUCAAGAAAAAUACCAAAGAGUUGUAUAAACUCAAUGAUGCAUCCACCCAAGAUAUUUUAAAUUCAAUUUCUUUGAGCAAGGAGGAGUUUUUACAAGAUAACCAAUUAUAUAUUAGGGCGAUCCGGCAAAAACCAUUUGGCGACGAAAAUUAUCCCGUUAUUUACGAUGAGAUAGGGUACUUGUAUAGCAAUGAUAUGAGGAAAAGACGUCUAGAAGCCAUCAAUCGUCAACGGAUUGGUAGGCUGGAAACACUGUUGCUUGGCAAUAAUAAUGGUGGUGGUGGCUAUUACGGUAGUGUCAAUAAUAAUAGCAAUAACAAAAACAAUGAGGGGGUUGAUGGGUUUUACAGGGUUUAG